AUGUUAAUUAGAAAAUAGUUACUCUAGCAAAUAAAAGACCCAGAAGUUGUUGAUUACAACCCCAAACACAGGAUUAGCCAGACUCUACAGUACAAGAAUAGUGAAUCCAUUCAGGAAGAGGAGGAACACUCUUCUUUGUCCUAGAUUUGUUAGAUGAAACCUGUCUUUGUACAGACUUGUCCUUAACAACCAAUAGACAUCUAGAGUAGCGACGAUUAUAAGGUUCCCACAAUAACCAACAUAGCUUCUCACAAGAGUUCGGACUAAUUGCAUCAAAAAUCAGAAUCAAAGAAAUUAGUUUUGAUAUCCAAUGACAGUUCGUACAUUUCUUCCUAAUCUCAUUUUUAAUCCCAUUUACUAUCUGAUCACAAUAGAAAGCUUACGCAUGGGAGAGUAAGGAUCAUCGUAAAUGAGAUAAAAUAAAAGUUGUUGAACUCUAUUCACUAUUCGAAAUACAAUGAUCCACUGGUAACAUAAGAAUAACAUGAUGGUAUUGAAUUUGAAUACUUUUAGUUUCCCCAUUGAGAUAUUACUAUUUCACAAUGUAUGUGUUUUUAUCGGUUAUAAUUUCUAAUUUACUUUCAAUUACUUUAAUACCUUUAAUAAAUCUAUUUGAGGGACCUAGGAUUGUUCAGUUAAUAGUGUUCGGGAUUAAGAUGUUGACUCUGAUAUAGGAUCUGUAUUAUUUAAGAGGGCCAUACAAAAUCAUUCGAGGAAAAUUGAUCGGCAAUUUCAAGGACUGGAAUAAAAUAUAUUUAGAUACAUUUCGAAUGUUAGUGAUGGUAGCCAUUGUAUUUCUUGAAUUCGAUAAGGAUGUGAUUUUGAUAAUCCUGACAUCGUUGUUGAUUGUUUCAGAUUUGAUUAGAACUUGGGAAACGUUUGAAAACGUCUACAAAUCGACUCAUUAUAUAAUAUUCAUUGUAUAAUUAUGGAUUUCAUUCAUAGUAUUGUGCACUUGCUUUUUGAAAAGUAUAUUUAUUAGUAUAAUAAGAGUGUUCAAUGAUGAGGAAUACUCUCUAGGAUUUUACAUAACGUAUUCGAUCUCGCUGAUUACUUAGAAUUCAAUUAAUUGUAACAUUUCAUAAUUUAAUAUGAGCUCUGGAGAUCACAGAAUAGAAUUCUAUCAUCGUUUCAGCCUUUAUGUUGAUCUCUUAUCUAUGCUAUGUCUACACAUUCAUACUCCUCUUUGUUUGGAUCAAACCUGAAUUGGAGAUUCAAGAAGAGAAACAAAAACUGUUGAAAGGAUUCGUGGAGUUGUUGAAGGAGAAAUGCAAAGAUUACGAUCUCUUGAGGAGAUGUUAUUCGUAUUUAGAGUUUAGAAUUGAUGUAUCACUUUAAAUUAUUGUAUAGGAAGAUAUAGGGAGAACGAAAGAUCAAUUAACUAAGAAGUUGAGUCCUGCCUUGUAGGAUGAGAUUGAUCUAUCUUUGAGAACGAGAAUGAUUGAUAAAAUAGAACUCAUGAAUAAAUUCUCACCUCAAUUCAAAUAACAAUUGUUGUAUGCCAUUGAGUAAGUGACUUUCAAUCCCGAGGACAAUAUCAUCAUAGUAAAUAAUUAGUAUAUGAAUUAGGAACACUAAAUUGAGGAUUUGGGAUUGUAUUACAUACUCAAAGGAGAAGUCAAAGUGCAAUUCUAAGGAUCGUCUCUUGCCAAUAAUAAAAGGUCGGUCACUCGCUUACAGGAAGGAUAGGCCUUUGGAUAGUACUCUUUCAUCUCGGGAGUGCCAUCAAACAUCAGCAUAUACAGUUGCGGAGUCACCACUCUCAUGAAACUCAAAAGAUCAGACUUCUUAGACAUCAUCUCCAAUUAUCCCUAAGACAAUGAGAUUUUCUGCAUGAUGAAGGAUAAUUCAAAUUACAAUUAGCAUCUAUUCGAUUGCUACUAUUGUAAAAUCAAAGGACAUUAUAUUAUUGAAUGUAAACACAUCUAAUACUUCCCAUAAAGACAAAAUGUUAUUGAGAAAUACUUAUAUACUUUAAAAUAAAUUCGGCAACCUUAUAGAAGAAAGAACAAGAAAUAUUUAACUAUGAAAAAUCUCACUCAGAAUCAAGACAAAGCCAAAUAAGUGAUCAAUAAACAAACCCAAGAAAUUCUGUCUGAAGAACUUCCUGAAGCAUCGCAAUUGCCUUACUCUGAAAGUAUGUCUCCUUAUUCAAUUAGAUUAAACUUAUUCUGUUAGUUAUGUAAGCAAUUCAAUGCCAUUUCAAAAACCCAGUCAAGAUCAAUAGAUCUCUAAUAGUAAUGUCAAUGUCGACAGUUUGGAAUAAUUAAACUAUGAACAAGAGUAAUACGAAGAAGUAACCCCUCCCGCUUUGGAUUAAUCAAUAAGGCGAUUACGUCACAACUCAAAUAAGACAUCUCAUCGAACUGCUGGAUUUGUUGGCAAUCCUUAAAGUCAGAAUUAUUCAACUCUGGAUAAGGAUGAAAAGGAAAUUCUAAUGCAAUUGCAAGAGGGGUAGAAGAAUGAAAUCAUUAAUUAAAAAUAACUGUUCUUAUCAACUACUAAUAGGAGUGGUCCAAACAAAUUGACAUUCCAAUUUUAAAAGGAAGGUCUACCUUAGACAGCUAAUAAACAGGACAUGAUUAAACAAGACUAUAUUCAAUAGCAGUACUCUUAUGCCAAUUUGAAAUUAUCACAACGCUAACCUACUAAUAGAUCCCAUACCUAUACAAACUCAUAUUCUAAAGAUGUCUCUAAUAAUCCAUCUUCCAAUUCAAGAUAAAAUAAAUCAUAGGGCUUGUCUAGUCAAACAAAGGAGAAUGGCAAAAAGUCCAACAGUGCCAAUACCCAAUCAGAUGAGAACAAGAAAGUAUAAAAGAGUCAAAGAACUGGAACUAAAUAGAGUAAUUUAGCUUAGUUAUCCUAAUUCUAAGCCAUUACUUCUCCUGAUGUAAUUGUACAUAAAAUUUUAGAAUCAAGGAUAUUUUAUAAAUGAUGUCAUUUUUAACAAAUUUGAAAAAAUGAAAUCCUAUAAGAUCUACUACCCACAUAACAAUUAUGAUCAAGUUAUCAUCAGAUAAUAAAGUUAUGCAAUUGAUGUUCUUAAAAAACAUAAAAAGCCACACACAUCCCCUUAUUCAAUCAAAUGUUUUGUAAUCACUAAGAUACGCAGAGUAUAAAGAUUUAUUAAAUAAUGA